AUGGCGCAGAGGCUGAGCGAGCGAGCACGGGGGCCCGUCGAGGCCACCGGGCUCUACAGGGCUGUGUUGCUCAGGUCUGCCUCCAUGUACUCGGAGAUCCAGAGGGAGCGGGCAGACAUCGGUGGCCUGAUGGCUCGGCCGGAGUACAGAGAGUGGAAUCCAGAGCUCAUCAAACCCAAGAAGCUCCUGAACCCAGUGAAGGCCUCCCGGAGCCACCAGGAGCUGCACCGAGAGCUGCUUAUGAACCACAGAAGAGGCCUUGGUGUGGAUAGCAAACCAGAGCUACAGCGUGUGCUGGAGCAUCGCCGGCGGAACCAGCUUAUGAAGAAGAAGAAGGAAGAGCUGGAAGCCAAACGGCUCCAGUGUCCCUUUGAGCAGGAGCUGCUAAGACGGCAGCAGAGGCUGACCCAGUUGGAAAAACAGCCGGAAAAGGAAGAAGAUCACGCCCCUGAGUUUAUUAAAGUCAGGGAAAACCUGCGGAGAAUCGCCAAGCUGACAAGUGAAGAGAGAGUGCUGGCAGCCCAGAGCCUGGACCAGAAGGCGGAAGAAGCUGGAGAAAAGCAGUCACCGACCACACGUCUGCGCUAUGGAGGCCUCACCCCUCGAGGGAGGGGGCAGGAGGCGGGGCCACCGGGCCGAGACGAGACGGAGGCCCACAGCCUGCUGGGGAAAAGCACUGACCUUCGGAACUUGUGA